GCGGCCGGUCGAGUUAUCCCCAUCAUCAUGAAGAUCUUCGUUCUGCUAGCUGCGAUGCAGGCGUUAGUGGCUGGUCAGCCAACCAGAAUACCAGCUCCAACGAUUACCAUGUUGGUAGCUCAGAAUGAUUUUCUCAAGCUAUCCUGGACUAAAGUCGAGAGUGUCAGUUCAAAUGACCCAAUUAAAGGAUACAUUGUAAUAGUGUGGCAGAUUCCAGAUGAAACCGUGUCUCAUUAUAAAAUUGUGGACGGGAAGACUGUGGUCGUCGAAGAGAAGAAAACACCCAAACUGGACCCAACCAAGAUACCUAGUGGCACACCACGAGAGAUCAAGUUGGCCGAUGCUGACGUCACCACCACCCUUAUAGACAACAUACAGAUAGACGUAUUGUAUCACAUCAGGGUGCUCGCGUACACAAGCACUCAGGAAGGAGAGCUGUCAGACCGUGCUGAAAUCAAAUUAUCUCAUACUCAGUAGAAUCACUCACAGAUUGUAAUU